AUGCCGCUGAUCGAAGAACUCCCGGUGUCCGGCGGGACUCGUAUCUCCCACGGCUGGGCGUACGUUCCUGAUACAGGGGCAACAGUCACCGCGGCGCAACCCAGUUCCCGCAAGCGCGGACGAGACGGCAACAUUGCGUCUGCAGCAUCCAACGCACAAGCCGCGCACAAGUUAUCCGCAAAGCAGGAAAAGGCCAUACAGCAACGACUGAACGAUCUGGGCAAGGAAAACCAUCGCGAAAUCCACAUCGCCAUACCGAAGCGCGAGACCGCUGCCGGCACGGCCGCACGAGCAAAAUCCACACCGAACGUACGUCGCAUAUUAGGCUACAGCAGGACGUUCCAGCAUUACCUGGCCGACGAGGAGGCGGGGGUGAAUGUAUACGGUGCCGCUGCCGCCAUCGCCGCCGGCGCUAGUGGCGGUGCAUCAGCCAGCACUGCCGCCUCGUCGAAGAACACCGAUGCUCGAAAGCGGACAGAGACCAAGACAUCGGCGCAGAAGAGGACGAGCUCGGUGAAAGAGACAAGAAAAGCCGGCUCGGCGGCUCCACCGCCGACGACUAAGGGUAAAAGAGGGGGAAGAACGAGGGGGAAUGCUGCUACUAACGCGGUGGAAGGAGACGGGGAUAUUGAGAUGAUAGAUGCCCCCCCUUCUCCGGCGGCGAAUGUGAAGAAGGAAACAACGACAGAGGUACAGCAAAACGUUCAACAACAAGGGAAAAAGACCGAGACUCAACAACAGGCAAUUUAUGAUCCGGCACUGGACAAGGACCCGUUACUCAAGACGCGCGAUGUGCCCAAGCCGCCGACGGAGCGUGUAAUGCAAGCUCUCUUGGCCGAACCGAUGCUGAGUUAUAACGCCGCAAGAGCGAAACCCUUGCAGGGGGCGGACAACCCGGAGUUUGAGAUCCGGACGGGGAGCAGCGUCCUCAUGGCGAAGCCUCAGCGCUGGUUUUGUUCUGUCUGCGGCUACUGGGGCAAAGUGAGGUGUCGACACGGCUGUGGAGAGAGAGUUUGUGGACUGUUGGAGUGCUGGAGAGGCCACGAAGGCGUCUGUGCCUUGGCUGGAUAUUGA